AUGAUUCCAGCCAACUAUUCCCAGGUGACAGGUUUUGUACUUCUGGGGCUCUCUCAGACAUGGGAACUUCAGUUCUUCUUCUUCAUUGUCUUUUCUGCUGUGUAUCUUAUGACUGUAACUGGAAAUCUCCUCAUUGUGGCUGUAGUAACCUCUGAUCCACACCUGCACACAACCAUGUACUUUCUCUUAGGUAAUCUUUCUUUCCUGGACUUCUGCUACUCUUCUAUCACAGCACCUAGGAUGUUGGCUGACCUACUCUCAGGCAACCCCACCAUUUCCUUUGGUGGCUGCCUGACCCAGCUCUUCUUUUUUCACUUCAUUGGUGGCAUCAAGAUCUUUCUGUUGACUGUCAUGGCAUAUGACCGCUAUGUUGCCAUUUCACAGCCCCUGCGCUACACUCUCAUCAUGAAUCAGACUGUCUGUGGGCUCCUGAUGGCAGCCUCCUGGGUGGGAGGUUUCAUCCACUCCAUUGUACAGGUUGCACUGACUAUCCAGCUGCCAUUCUGUGGGCCCGAUAAACUGGACAACUUUUACUGUGAUGUGCCCCAGCUGAUCAAAUUAGCCUGUACAGAUAUCUUUGUCUUAGAGCUUCUGAUGGUGUCUAACAAUGGCCUAGUGACCUUGAUGUGCUUUCUGGUGCUUCUGGGAUCUUACACAGCACUGCUAGUCAUGCUCCGAAGCCACUCACGGGAGAGCCGCAGCAAGGCCCUGUCCACCUGUGCCUCCCACAUUGCUGUGGUGACCUUAAUCUUUGUGCCUUGUAUCUAUAUCUAUGCAAGGCCAUUUCGGACCUUCCCAAUGGAUAAGGUGGUAUCUGUGCUGUAUACAAUGGUCACCCCCAUGCUGAAUCCUGCUAUUUAUACUUUGAGAAACAAGGAUGUUAUCAUAGCCAUGAAGAAGCUGUGGAGGAGGCAAAACUUCUUUCUUGGUGCCCCAGAGCACUAA